UCUCCUCUGCCCUUUUGCAAAGAAGGUUUGGGAGAUUACACCAGCCUUGUUUAAACCAUCUGAGACAGUUCAUACGUCUCUUGAGCUCCUCAUGGUAGGUGCCAAAAAGAUGGUAGCUCUGCCUCCAACGGGUCUAUCCUCUGCUCCUCUGUAUCCAUGGAUUUUUUGGCACCUUUGGAAGGCGAGGAACCUGCUAAUUUAUGAAGAAAAAGGUUUCUCCGAAGAAGAAGUGGUGUUAAAAGCCAUUAAUGAUGCUCGUAGUUGGAUGGAGGCCCAGCUGCUUCUCCCUAAAACAGUGAAUGGCCCCCAAGAAAAACCAAUCCCACAGCCUAACCCAGAGUAUACAAGUUGUUAUGUUGAUGCAGCUUGGAUUAAAUCAGGGUUUUGUGGUUUGGGAUGGCUCCUCCAGGACGAAAACAAGGUGAAAAUCAGUGAGAAAAAGGUCUCCAAAAGCUUUGUAGGUUCUGCUCUUAUUGCAGAGACAAUGGCGAUGCAAUCGGCCUUAGUGGAUGCUCAAUCUGCAGUUGUGCGUCAGCUCAAUGUCUUCUCCGACUGUAAAGUGUUAAUCUCCCUUCUCAUCUCAGGAAACAGCAUCGUUGAAAUCCGCGGGCUGCUUCAUGUUAUCAGAGAACUGAGUGUUUCCUUUACCUCUAUCUGUUUUUAUUUCAUUCCCCGUUUAAGUAAUGUUGCUGCUGAUUCCCUUGCGAAAGCAGCUCUGCUAGAUGUAUCCUCUUCCCCCACUUGUGGUGGUUAAGACUCCUUUAUGUUUGAAAUGAAAUGAAAGUUGGUUC